GGGACAAGGGACAGCAGGAGCGGCCGGGGCGGGCUGAGAGGCUGCCCCCGCCCCGCACGGACACACGGACACACACACGUACGGACACGCACAGCCCGGCUCCUGGACGAGGAGGAGGAGGACGUGCGGCUGUAGAACAACGCGUGCGUCUGAGCGCAGCGAGGAGCAGCGCAACACCGGCGAGGAGGUGCGGAACCGAUCCAUUCUCCUCCUCCACCCUAAAAAAAAAAAAAAAACAAAAAAAACCAACAAGCACAUAUAAAGAAAAGGAAGAUCACAUGUUAUAAUAAUCCCCUUUGCAGCCAGACAGGACCAGAGAACUGCCCCGUUAGGAGCUAGAGAUGAGCUUUAGAGGCUGAAAGGGAGGCAGAGGGAAAACUUGAACGACUCCCCGACCCCGGGAGGGAGGGUAGGACCCCGAGCCCCCAGGACUGCCCUCCGGCCCCUUCGCUCCCCUCUCGCCCCGGGCACCACAGCGGCCACGGCCGGCGGGGUCCCGCGAUCCCGGAGAGCAGCCCUCGAGAUCGGGUUUUUCGCUCAGUCCCUCCGCACGCUUCCCUGUGUAAAGCAAAUCCCUGGCAGCCGGGGGAGUAGCGGCUUCCGUGACAGCGGAAAUAAACUAAAAUAAAGCAAAGCAAAAUAAAAAGAGAGAAGAGCCAAGGAAGCACUUGCUUCUCAUCAUCGCUUAGCGAGGGGAACAAAAACCAACAACAACCAAUCAACAACAACAACAAAACAACCAACAACUCACUUCUUAUAACCCUCUGCUGCAGGGAGCAAAGGGAAAGAAGGUACCGAGGCAGAGCCGCUAACAAAGCAGGGCUCGGACCCUAUCGGCACCCCGACUGACAGCGGGAGGGGUGAGGAGUAGGGGAGGCUCCGGCAAAGCCAGGAGCAGAAAUGAAAGUUUCGAAAUAGCAUUCAAAGAGCCGCAAAAGCCCGGAGCGAACGGAGCUCUUCCUGCGCAGCAUCAGCUCCCCAUGGUGCAUCCCCGGCGCUGCAGCGGGGAUGUGAGCGGCCCCGGCCCGCUGCGCGGAGCGGGUGAAAGCACCGAAAGUCCCCGUUAUUUAUUUAUUUAUUGGAAGCGAUGUACGGGUGACACCCAGAAGGCAUCUGAGCCCUGAAGGGGAAAAAAAAGAAGAAGAAAAGCCUCCAGAUCCAAAAGGAAAACAAGAAUGAGACAGCAGCCUUGACCCCUACACUGAGGGGAAGGUGAGCAGAAGGAAAGAAAGACAACGCAGGAAAGCCAUGCAAGCACCAAACCUGUAGAUUACUGCAGCUAUUUUUGCUUCACUAAGGACAGAUAUUUUACUGACAGCCAUGCAGCAUAAAGGCAUCAUGCUGAUUGUGUUCUUGGAAUGUUUUAUUUCUGGCCAUGGAGAAGCAGAUCCCGUGAGGCUACGAGCCUUCCGCUGCAGCGGCCGUUCCUGCAACCCUCCGGUGGGAAACCUGGCCACAGGGAGGACACCCAGCACUCUCACCACGUGCGGGCAGAACAGCACAGAGCUAUACUGCUCCUACCCAGACCAAAGCAUCCUCCAUCCAGCCUCUCACGGCUGCGGGCAGCCUCGCUGCACCAAGUGCAAUGCCAACCAGCCUGAUAACUCCCACCUCCCUGCUGACAUGACCGAUGAUUUCUUUGCAAACCCGAUGUCCUGGUGGCAGUCUGCCCAAGGGGUGCACAGGGAAGAAAUUAGGCUGGACUUUGAAACAGAGUUCUACCUAACACACGUCAUUGCUGUGUUCAAGUCACCUCGCCCAGCUGCGAUGGUGUUGGAAAGGUCCCAGGACUAUGGGCAGACGUGGAGGCCCUACAAAUAUUUCUCUGUCAACUGUACUGCGACUUUUGGGCUCCAGGAUGACCUCACUGAGGAAGGCUCCAUGUGCACUUCCAGAUAUUCAGAUGCAGUACCCUGUACCAGAGGAGAGGUGAUCUAUCGUGCCUUAACUCCAUCUAACAAGAUUGAAGAUCCCUAUAGUCCUGAGGCUCAAGAUCUCCUGAAACUCACCAACCUCCGCCUCCUUUUGUUAAAAAGACAAGAAUGUCCAUGCCGUGGUUUGGGAUUGGUAGAGAAACCUCAGAGAUUUGCCCAUUAUGCUAUUUAUGACCUGAUCAUCCGGGGCAGCUGCUUUUGCAAUGGGCAUGCAGAAGAAUGUGAACUUGCCAACAGGACAGGAGAGGUGGAGAAUGUGGUCCAUGGGAAGUGUGUGUGUAGACACAAUACAGCAGGGGACCACUGUGAGAAAUGUGCAGCACUAUACAAUGAUCAGCCUUGGAAGCCAGGAGAUGGAAAAACUGGGGCACCAAAUGAAUGCAAAAAGUGUCGCUGUCACAACCAUGCUGACAGCUGCCAUUUUGACCUGAGUGUUUGGCUGGCAUCAGGGAAACGCAGUGGUGGAGUCUGUGACAACUGCAAGCAUAACACAGAGGGACAUCGGUGUCAGAGGUGCAAACCGGGGUAUUACAGAGAUAGAGGGAAACCCAUGUCUUCUGCAGAGGUCUGCAAACCUUGCUCCUGCCAGCCAAUGGGUUCGGCCAACGCAACGUUCAGCCGGAGCUGGCGGUGCCACCCCAAGACAGGAUUCUGCUACUGCAAGCCAGGUGUGGCGGGCCCCAACUGCGAUAGAUGUCUCAUGGGCUACUGGGGCUUUGGAGAAAAUGGCUGUCGUCCUUGUGACUGUGCCAGAGACUGCGACCAACGUACUGGAAACUGUUUCAAUGGCUAUGACAACGAGCCAUUCUUUAACAUCCCCAUUGGGGGAAGAAUCCCUGACCUUGUGCAAACACCAACUAAUGAGAGCGAAGAUGAGUGGAAAUGGAAUGACCACGAGCAGGGAUUUUCUGCUCUGAGACACCCAGAGAAGUGUGUGUGCAAAGAGAAGGUGCUUGGAAGCGUCACUGACUUCUGUCAAAUGAAAUACGCUUAUGUGAUAAAAGCAAGAAUCCUGUCUGCUCAUGACAAAGGGACACAUGCAGAAGUUGUUGUGAAAGUGAAGAAGGUCCUGAAAUCCGGUAAAGUGAAAAUUGCUCGGAGCAACAGAAGCAUUUACCCAGAAUCCUGGACCAACAGGGGAUGUACUUGUCCCAUUCUCAAUCCUGGUACCGACUAUCUGAUAGCAGGCCAGGAGGACUCUAGGAGCAGCAAACUUCUCGUGAACAUGAACAGCCUGGUGAAACCCUGGAAAGCACAUUUGGGAAAACAAGUGGCAGAUAUUCUGCGAACAGGGUGCAAGUAACUUCAGCUUCAAAAAUUACAGUGAUGAACUUUGCCUUUUAGUAACACUGCAGUGAAAGGCGUAGCUAGCUCCUAUGUUCUCAAUGAACGUGCUCCUAGCUGAAGUGAUGAAGGUGGGCUCGCCACCCUUUUUCCUUUCAUUUCCGUAGAAAAUGCUGGGACAUGACUGCUUUUUUUUUUCAAAAUGCACAGAUUUAUCACAUAGCAUCAUCCAUAGGUUACAGUUUUUAAUUUCAGCCUGAUUCCGUGUACCCAGAGAAUCAUUUUACAAGGCAAAACUGAAGGUAUGGAUUAGUGUUUCCACACUUCCAGUCAGAGCCUGAUUUUAAUACAUAUAAGCUGCUUACAUAACACAUUCAUUAUUUGGGUGUAGUUUUUUUUUAAAUAAGUUACCACUAACAGGCAGCAAUUUCUUUCAGCUUCACAAGUGGCAUAAUACUACAUAAGUAUGUCAAAUAUAAUAUUUAUCUAAAGGAGCUCAGAUAUUUUUAUUUACAAUCAGUGAUUAUGCCAGUAUAACAUGCUGUUUUCUAGAAAGCAAUACCAUCAGAUGGCUGAACAGAAACAAACUAACACAGGACUCAUCUGGGACAAGGCUCUGUAGAUGUACUUUGCUAUCAUCAGUGCUUAGUGAUUAGCUCUGCUGCAGAAAGCUCCUUAUUACAAACUUGAUUCCAAAUCCAACUCUUGCUCUCAUUUUGCUCUUUGCUGUAGUACUCAAAACUGUAACACCAGGCAAAGGUUGCACAGUGAUUACUACCAAAAAGCCUUAUGCUAGGAAAGAGCCAAAACGUGAUGAACUUCAGCUGCUCCUAUGUCAAGUUUGUAGUACUACAAAAGCUACAAAAGUAGGAGGUAAAUGGGUUGCUUGUAUUGCAUAUUAAAUGAGAUAGCUAUAGUUACUGCAAGAGCAACCUUGCUAUUCAAGCUGUGCUCAAGACCACUGACAUUUGAUUUGCACUUAGUGCUUUCAUUCUGCUUUAUUUCUCUUGGUCACUCUUGAGGUUAAAAUACGGAACUUCAGCUGCCUUCCCAUUGUACAUGAGGAUUUUUCUCUCACCCCACAGAAGUUCAGGUGAGGUAACAUCUGCACUCUAGUUGAAAAUAGCCCUGUCCUGCAAAAGCAUUCUUUCUAAACCAAUUUUCUCCUACACCACAGUAAUGAAGAGAUAGCUAUUUUCAUUGUUCCCUAACAAAAUAUUUUGAAGAAAUUGUAGUUCUUGAUUUCUGCCCCUAAGACAGGGAAAUCAUGAUCAAAUGAAGUUCAUUUAAACACAUCAUCUCAUUAAGUAAAGCAGAAAUGAUACUGGAUCAGUCUAUACUUUCAGGUGGUCACAUGUGCUACUUCUGCAUAUAUCUUAUUCCAUGCCUACAAUUUGUCUGAUGCUUUCAAAAAGAGGCGCUACCUUAAUUUAGCACACCCUGACUGGUACGUGGGAAAAUCCAAAGCUAAUGCAAAAGGAUGCUGUUCUAGGCUACAGGUUUAUUCUCUUCAUCACUGGGAACCUGAAGAAUACAGCUUUGUUAAUUCUAAUUGUACCUGUUUUCCUUUUAACUCUGCAUUGGUUGAACAGCGGAAAAACCUUCAGGUCAUUUGGAAAUGGAUGGCAGGCAGGUAUAAAAAAAAAAAACAACACUGCUUUUCUGCUGACAGUGUAUAAAGUGUCUCUCUUUCCCCUUCCUUUUUCCCUUGCCAUAGAUUUUCUUUCCUUCUGUUCGUCUUACAAGCACUUCAUUAUUUAUUUGUUGUUGCUAAAGUGGUAUCCAACAAUGUGGCAUCUCCAACAAGCUACUUAAUUAAUGCAAUAAAACACUUUUUAAACAGGAUAUUUGGCUUAAUUUGAAAUGUCAGCAUAUAGAAGUUAGGAGCAUAACGCCUUCUUUCUUAUCAUCUUCAGACUGAACAAGAAGACUGACUAGCUCUCUUUCAAACAGGAAUAAAGACAUGUUCAUGAAUUCAAGUGUUCUCAAAGGGCCUCUCACAAUAAGUGAAAAUUAGAUGUACGUUCAUAGCUAAAUUAAGGAACAUACCUUUCAACACAGGUCAUUUUACCUGUGAGGCAUCUCAUUUACCGUGAUCAUGUUCCAUUUUGGUUCACAGUCAGUACUGUAUUAAAGCAAAUAUCCAUGUUUUAAUUUUUGUGCCAGAUUGGUGAUUUCUGUGGGGAGAGUGAACAGCUUCACAGUGGGUGAAAAUUAUUUAUUAACGUGGUCAUUCACGACUAUUUCAGGCACUUGCUAGUAGAAACACUAUUUGGAACACAAAUAUUGAUACCCCAGUAUGUUCUCCUAGUACAUGCUGUA